UUAUUGAUUGAUAUUUGAUAGUCCAUUUGCAAUUUGCAUCGGUUAUGGCUGUGGAAUGGGAUUUGUUUAAUGCCACGGACGGACACAGAGGGAAGAAGGGCAGAGGUUUCUGUCUAAAAAUGAAACGGCGAUGAGUGUGUCUCAAGACAUUGACCCCACAUGCCCUCAGUAAUGAGGGGUUGCUUUCUUUCUCCUCCUCUCCCCCCUGUUCCCUCCAUUAAUACAAAAAAAAAAAAAAGACCUCCUUUUUUGUUUAAUCAAUCAAUCAAUCAAUCAGAGAGCUGGGCUCCUCCAUUGGCGUGAGUGUGAGUGAGGUCUCCGAGCCCUCUGCCAGUCUGCCUCCUUCCCAUUUCUUUAUUCAGCAGCCCUCUGAGCGAGAAAAAGCAAAGCUUGUGCCGCAGCGUUUCAGUUCUUGUCGACUCUCUCCGGGAGAGGGAGUCCCAUAUGAGUCCGGGUUUUGGAAUCUUCUUGGUGGGUUUUGGACCAUAAAAAAAUAUUGCGAGCUUCGCUUCUGGGUUGGUGACUGAGCAAUGCCGUUGGUAUUGGGGGGGUUGGCCUUCGUUCUUUGUCUCUGUCUUUGUCGGGGGGAUAAGUUGACCUAAAAUCUACUGGACUGAGAUCUUGGGGCAUUUCGGGUACGACCCGGGUGGAGUUGUUCCGAGCUCAAGGAUGAGGUCGUCUGCAGGCUUGCAGAUUUGGUGAAGUGGGUUCAGUCGGCGGAGGCAAAUGGGAGCAGAGAAGUUAGUGAAGAAUCUGGAUUUUCUUGGUGAGGCCGUGCAAGAUUGAUUCUGGGCUCUCUGUUCUUGCCCGGGAAAGCCUUUCUGCUCGAAGUUGGAGCGCUCGGGUGGAGGAAUUUAGCAUAAUUUCGUGCGUACUCUGCAGAAACUUUGGGUCUUGAAUUACUGUUUCGGUGUAUUGUCUGCUGGUUCGUUUCCAAGAAUUGGCAAUGGCGAGUGUGAAGUUGGGUUCCAAAACAGAUGCAUUCCAGCGACAAGGCCAAGCUUGGUUCUGUACAACUGGCCUUCCUAGCGACCUUACAGUAGAAGUCGGGGAGAUGUCCUUUCAUCUACACAAGUUCCCAUUGCUCUCCAGAAGCGGUGUUCUGGAAAGAAUGAUUACAGAGGCGACCGAAGAAUCAGGGGAAGAGAAAUGUUUUAUAAGCCUCUCUGACCUUCCUGGGAGCUCGAAGACUUUUGAGUUGGUAGCAAAAUUCUGCUAUGGGAUGAAACUCGAGCUCACUUCCUCGAAUAUUGUAUAUCUCCGUUGUGCAGCUGAACACCUGGAGAUGACCGAGGAGUAUGGGGAAGGAAAUCUGAUUAUGCAGACGGAGAAUUUCCUAAAUCAAGUGGUCCUCCGGAACUGGAAAGACUCCCUCCGGGCCCUCCAGGCAUGCGACGAUAUCCUUCCCCAUGCCGACGAGCUCAAUAUUACGAAAAGGUGCAUAGAGUCAUUGGCCACGAGAGCUUCAAUGGACCCGAACCUCUUCGGGUGGCCCAUUAUGGAGCAUGGGGGCCCCCUGCAGAGCCCUGGGGGAAGUCUUCUUUGGAAUGGAAUAAGCACUGGAGCGAAGCUGAAGAAUGAUAGUUCAGACUGGUGGUACGAGGACGUUUCAGUCCUGAAUCUACCCCUCUACAAGAGGUUGAUAUCUGCAAUGGAAUCUCGUGGACUCAGAGAGGAGCUUAUUGCCGGGUCUCUCACUUUUUAUGCGAAAAGGUACCUUCCCGGGGUGAACAGGCGGCAGGGAGUGAGUGAGUCAAGCACCCGCCUAGCCUCUGCGGGCCUGGGAGCCCCACUUUCAGAAGAGGAGCAGAGGACUCUGUUGGAAGAGAUUGACCGAAUGCUCCCAAUGCUGAAGGGUCUCGUCCCAGCUAAGUUCCUGUUUGGGUUGCUCCGAACCGCCACAAUCCUGCAAGCAGGUUCCUCUUGCAUAUCGAGUUUAGAGAGGAGAAUCGGGAUGCAGCUCGAUCAGGCCACCUUGGAGGACCUCUUGAUGCCUAACCUCUCUCAUUCCAUGGAGACUCUAUACAAUGUGGACUGUGUUCAGAGGCUUCUCGAGCACUUCCUUGCCAUGGAUCAGGCUGCAGGUUGUGCAGGUGGAGCCUCUCCAUGUUCUCUGGAUGAUGACGAGCAGUUAAUGGGAUCCCCAUCGUUGACUCCGGUCAUGAUGGUUGCAAAGCUUAUUGAUGGGUACCUCGCUGAGGUCGCCCCUGAUAUCAACCUUAAGCUCCCCAAAUUUCAGGCUGUUGCCGCUGCUGUCCCUGACUACGCUAGACCUUUGGAUGAUGGUCUUUACCGUGCAAUAGAUAUCUAUCUCAAGUCACACCCGUGGCUUUCCGAGUUGGAAAGGGAGCAGCUGUGCAGACUGAUGGACUGCCAGAAGCUUUCGCUGGAAGCUUGCACCCAUGCAGCACAGAACGAGAGGCUACCCUUGCGAGUGAUAGUCCAAGUCCUCUUCUUCGAGCAGCUGCAGCUCAGGACUUCCAUCGCAGGCUGCUUCCUUGUGUCUGAGAAUCUCGACGGCGGGUCUCGACAGCUGAGAGGCGGGCUCGCGGGACCAGCUGCUGAUGGAUUAGGAGGGGGUUGGACCUCAGCUGUGAAGGAGAACCAGGUGCUGAAAGUCGGGAUGGACAACAUGAGGAUGAGGGUGUCGGAGCUCGAGAAGGAGUGCUCCCACAUGAGGCAGGAGAUCGAGAAGCUGGGACGUGCCAAAGGUGGGGGCGGAUCAACGGCAUGGGGGAAUGUGUCCAAGAAGUUGGGGUUACGGAUGAAAUCCCAAAUGUGCAGCGCCCAAGAAGGCUCGGUGAGCACCCAGAACAACCAAGGCAAGGUUAAGGAAAGGCAUGGGAAGCUCAAGAAAAACUCUUCUUCGGAAGGAUAAUACAAUUUAUUCACUCUUUCUUUCUUUCUUUCUUUCUUUGGUAAGAUCGUUUUCGUCGUUCCACUUGUAAGUUUCCAAACGAAUCAGAAACUGCCUGUGUUCGAGCUAAAUGUUACUCGAUAUCAUGUUGUUGUGCUAUUUGUUUGUUUUUCCUAGUCGUCUACUGAACAUGAGAGAAUUGUUUGGAUGGUAUGUAAAAUUUGAACGGGGCGCAGGGCGGGUCGGUU